CACCGUAGUAGAAUGCGUAGAUUCUCUCCGCUCCUGGCGCAAGUAAACCAGUCCGUGUUUUUGCAAAGCCUCUCUCUAUCCAUUCUCAGCCUCCAAGCCCUCAAAAAAAAAAAAACCCUAGCCUACCAAAAGGCGUUCAGGUCCAGAGGAGGAGCAGAGAUUUUCACUGAGAAACCUCCAUCCUUGUGUGCUCUCCUCUAACGGGAGAACUGAAGUGAUGGCGGGUUGCGCGGAGGAUUCGUGGAUUUUUGCUUGACAGGCACCAGAAUCUUCUGUUGGAUUAGUUGAUUGGUUUAUUUAUGGGGGAUUUGCAUUUACCUACUGAAAAAUGCCUUUUGCCAAACGGAUCGUUGAGCCCCAGCUGCUGUGCAGACAUCCCAUCCCUAAUGAUGAAGGGUUACUGUUCGAGGAUCUGUGCUCCAUCACUAAUGUGGCUCUAUCCCGGACCCUGCGGCAGCUCUCCGACCUGUCCAAACACGCCUGCUCCUUAUUUCAGGACCUUGAGAACGAAAUAGUCUCCACAAACCAACGGGUUUGGGCUUUGCAGAACAAAAUAGGCAAAAUCCAGCAAACCGCCAUUGCGCUGGAUCCAAAACUGGAGGCUGUGCCGGUAUCAAAUCUGGACAUUGAGAGUAAACUGACAUCCCACUAUCAGGCUCCAUGGCAUCAACAUCACAAUCUGUUCCACACUUGUACACGGCCACCAUGUCUGGAGGAGUUACACCGACAUGCCAAGCUCAACCUGCGGGCACUGCACAGAGACCAGCAGCAGCGUCAGCGUUCAACCAGCAGAGAGCGUGGUCGGGUCACCAUAUCUAUAUCUGUGGCCCCUCCCAUGCCAACCUUCCCUUCAACUCACAAACUCAGAAGGCGGGAGCAGAGGGGCCGGCACUCACGCGUGUAUCAGCGCUCCCGUUCCUCCUCCCCUGUUCAGUGUUGUUACUUCAUUCCCUGGAUUAGAAAGGCUGGAACCAACACAGAAACAGAUGGCGAAUUGCCAGUGAUGAGCCAUAGGCCUAAAUGUCCUGUUCCCAAUGUACCUACCACCUUGGACAAACAGACCAACUGGUCCAAAGCCCUGCCUCUUCCCACGACAGAAGAGAAAAUAAAGAAUGACUCUCAAGUAAUUUCAUCCUGUAUAAUUCCAAUAAAUGUUUCUGGCGUUGGUUUUGACAGAGAUGCCAGUGCUCGCUGCUCUCUUGUUCACUCACAUUCAGUUCUACAGAGACGUCGAAAACUCAGGAGGCGAAAAACGAUAACUGGCAUCCCCAAACGUGUUCAACAAGACAUGGAUUCGGAUGAAUCACCUGUGGCUAGAGAGAGAACAGUUAUCAUCCAUGCCAACCCACACAAGUCACUAUGGCAUGAGGAGCUCUCCCUAAGUGGCCGAGUAUUGCACACCAAGGACUCUGGCUGUCAGACAGAUGACUUCUUGAUUGCAGCUCCAUCCCGGAGGCGUAUCCGUGCUCAGAGGGGUCAUGGAAUUCAAGCUUCUCUCUCACACUCCACUGGAAACAUCACUUCCCUGCCAGAUCGCUCUGAUAAUGUGUAUGCUGCAGCAUCAGCCACUCGUAUUCGUUCUAGAAGCCUACCACGUGAGGGUGGCCGGCUUCUGGAUGAGGAUCAAGAUGACAGUGAUGAUGAUGAUGAUGAUGAUGAUGAUGAUGAUGAAGAGGAAGAUGAGGAACUCUCUCCAUAUGAAACUGAAGACUUCCUACCUGUUCCAGGACAGAGAAUUCCAAAGGAAGAAGAAGAAAGUACUGAUGACCAGGCCAUGCCAGAGCUACAGUUUGGAAGUCUCAAGCAUAUGCAACAUCCAGAGAGCCCUGACCACACAUGGAUUGAAAGAGGCAGAUCCAGGCUCCCACGCAAAGUUGACAUGGGGAGCUGUGAAAUUUCCUCCAGCUCUGAUACUUUCAGCAGCCCCAUCCACUCUGCCUCCACUACAGGAGUGCUUGGCAGCCAGAUGGACCAUAAAGAGGAUCACCAGUCCUCAAGUGGCAACUGGAGUGGAAGCAGUUCCACUUGCCCAUCACAGACAUCUGAAACUCUACCACCUGCUGCCUCUCCUCCCCUGACUGGAUCCUCACACUGUGAUUCAGAACUCUCCCUUAAUACUGGGUCCCAUGUCAUUGAUGACACCACUGGCUUCAUAAUAGAUCCCUACCACAUUGACAAGCCACAAGGACAGGGGCAACGAUCUAGUUCUUUUACCUCAUCAGCCACUGAUCAGAUGGAUGAUGCAGGGGUUAGCACUGCUAGUGAUGGUGAGUGGAACUUCGCUCAGGACCAGCAAGAUCAGCCCUGCCCCCAAGACUUCAGCCCAAAGCAUUCCAGAGAGGAUGAGAGUGGCGUCAGCUGCCCCAGUUAUUCUAGUGGAGAAACUUACGAGAGCUUCAAUGACCAAGUAUCCGCUAGGAAAUCUGAGAUGCACUACAUCGUUGACACUGAAGGAUUCUAUUCCUCCAUGCACUUUGACGUUGGUGUUAAGAAUAGCAGAAGCUACUACAACUAUGCAGCCAUUGACCCUGACUGUGGCCCAAGUGGAAAUGUAGCAACUGGCAUGGGUGAAUUCCCUGAGUCAGAGUACAGAGCCACGAGGACACUAGGCAGACCAUGUUUCUCCUUAAAAAAACCAAAGGCCAAGCCACCACCACCAAAACGUAGCUCUUCAUUAAAGGAAACAAGCAGUGCUGUGAAUAUUCUAGAGCAGAACGAACCAAAGAUUACUUGUGAGUUGCCGCUGCCCUUGUCUUCCAGAGAGAUGAAAUUGCAGCUGGAUUUGGCUUGUUCUGCAGGGCACCUUGAGACUCCAGGUCUUGAGUCACUUGGCGCAUGGGGAGUGGAGAAUGUCAGGGACAUACUUGACUGCUCCUCUCCAUUCAGUUCCUCGGACACACAUUCAUUCAAGGACGAAGGUGCUGUGCAAGCAGACUAUGCAGACCUCUGGCUCCACAAUGACUUGAAAUCAAAUGAUCCAUACCGGUCUCUGUCUAACUCUAGCAGUGCUACGGAUACAGCUGUUAUUGAAUGCAUCAAGUUACCAGAAAGUGCAGAGAUGCAAGCCUGUGAACCCAGGUCCAGACCUACUUCCCCAACUCUUCCUCCACCUGAAGGUGAGUUCAAGCUAGCUUCCCCUGAAAAGCUGAUAGGCUUGGCAUCCCCUUCCAGUGGAUAUUCUAGUCAAUCUGAAACACCUACAUCUUCCUUCCCUUCAGCUUUCUUCCCAGGGCCCCUUUCUCCAACCAGUGGCAAAAGGAAACCCAAAGUCCCUGAAAGGAAGUCCUCACUUUGUUCCCUACAACAGCCACAGCUUUCAGUCCGAAACCCAGGCAUUUCCCCCAGGAGGGAAACUGACUUCCAUGCCAUACCGCCCAGUCACCUCGACCUAAGUGCUCUUCACAGCAAGCACUUUCCCCACAGAAAUCAAAUGCACAUCAUACACCAGAAUAAGCAGAAAGCCGCCAUAGCUGCAGCUGCUGCUGCAGAAGCUCGCAAUGCAGCUGCUUCUGCUGCUGUAGAAUCUCGCACUGCAUCUGCAGCUUCUACUUCAGAAAGUUCAACAAGCACAGUAACCAGCUCAGCCCAUUUGGCCAUCACUCCAACUGUUCUUAGAUCAGUUCAACUGCGAUCUAUUUGUAAAACAGCUGAAGGAAAACAAGGGUAUGAUCUGGCCAGUGCAAAUCCAGUAACUCGUCCCAAGUGUCCCACAUUAAUAACUGAAGCCCCAUCCUCUAGCAACAGGCACACCAGGAAACCACCAGCCUACAAACCCCCCGUGGCACAGCUCUGUGAAUCACAGGUUCCACCAAACAUUGUUCUUCCCCAGGAGGAAGUGAAAGUAAGACAGGAAAGGCUUGGUCCUGGUACUUACUGGGCAAUGACUGCUUUCAGACCUCCUGUAGAUCCUACUCCUGAAAAAGAAGAUUCUUCGACAAGGUCAUCUCAAGGUCCUGAGCAAGAACAGGACAGAAGAAUGUAUCCAGAUGUGCAACUGACAUUGUCACCAGAGAGACUAAAACAAGAUCUAAAUCAACUAUUGCGGCCAGACCCUUCAGCACAUCCUGUAUGUUUGGCCAGCACAAUGCUACCCCCUGCUUACAGUGAAAUACAGAGGAGCAAUUUUGUACUGUGCAAUAGUCCUGACAAAGUGCCUGUUUCAACUCAAGAGGCAUCGCACACUUACACAAUCAGCGAUGUACAGGUCCGAGAUGAGGAUUAUGAGACAUCAGGUGUCACAACCAGAAGUGCCUCAAAGGACAUUAGGGAAGAAGGGUCAACCCCAGACACAGAGGACUACUUCAGCAAGGAAUCAACUCCCAGUGACAAUUCAACCUCUUCUUUGACUGAUGACUCUAAACCUGAUGAUGAUGAUGUUUUCCCAUCCCCCAACAAACUACGCACAACUGAAGAUCUGUUUGCCAUGAUACACAGAUCUAAAAGGAAAGUGCUGGGACGUAAAGACUCUGGGGAGAUGAGUGGAAAAAGUCGCCCUGGUGUAGCACCUGCAACCGCCCCUGCAACCGCCCCUGUCAGCAACCCUACUGUAUGCCCGGUCACCCCAGCUGCCUCAAUCCCUUCAAACAGCUCCCAACGAACCCCGGGACCCAUCUACAGGAGUGCCAAAAAGUCCAGUACAUCCAGUGAGGAGUUCAAACUCCUGCUGCUAAAGAAGGGUAGUCGCUCAGACACGAGUUACCGCAUGUCUGCUACAGAGAUCCUUAAGAGCCCAAUCACACCCAAGACUCAAGGAGAGCUACUAUUAGAGGCUGCAAGGCCAGAGGAGCCCUCCUCACUUCUACAGGAUUCCACUAGCAGUGGCGAUCCACUUCUAAGCCAGUUCCCUAGGGCCAACAGUGAAGGAUUCUCCCCAAAAACACUUACCAUGUCAGCUGCCUCCAGACAGGGACGUUCCAGAAUUCCACCUGCAGCAAAUAGCAGUCGCUAUAGCACACGGAGUCGGCUGUACACUGCCCCAAUGCAGGCCAUAUCAGAGGGAGAGACGGAAAACUCAGAUGGAAGUCCACAUGAUGACCGCUCCUCUUAGUGGUAUUAUAAAUUUUUUAACCACUUAUCAAAAUCAUAAACCUUUUAUAAUAUGAAAGGAUUCUAUUUGAACUGAAUGAGAGUGAUGUUCACAUAUUAUGAUCUACCUUAGUUUUCUCCCCUGAUGUUGGUGGUUUGAAAAAAAAAAAAAACGGGUCAUUUGAAAACAUGGAAUGGAAAUUACAUAAACCAUGCUUUUAUGCUCACAAAAUGAGAUGGUGAAAUUAGUUGUAAUUCUUUAAAGGGAUAGUUCACCCCCCAAAAAAAGAUGUUUAUCUGCUUACCCCCAGGGCAUCCAAGAUGUAGGUGACUUUGUUUCUACAGUAGAACACAAACAAAGAUUUUUAACUCAAACUGUGUAGUCUGUCAGUCUUAUAAUGUAGGUGAAUGGAAAUCACAGGUAAAACAUUAAAUGAAACAAAAACACAUAAACAAAACCAAAUUAAACCCUGUGGUCUGUGAUGAUACAAUGAUGUGUAAAGACACAAAAUGAUCGGUCUGUGCAAGAAAUUGAACAGUAUUUAUAUAGUUUUUUACCUCUGAUUUACAAAAUGUCUGAACUGUUAAAACUCUCCUGAUCGCGUCCUCCUGUUCUUGUUCUCAGCAGCAGGCGCUUGAGGUGUCAUCUUCUUGUUCCUGCUUUAUGGGGGAUUGCAGACUUAUAAGUGCAUUACCGCCACCUAUCUCUCAAAUGGAGCAUUGACAUUCCCUAACUGAGAUUGUAGAUAGUGUCAGAGAUAGGUGGCAGUGAAUCAGAGGUAAAAUAAAACAACAACAAUAUAAAUACCGUUCAGUUUCUUGCACAGACCGAUUGUUUUGUGUUUUUACACAUCAGUGUAUCGUCACAAUCCCCCAAACAUACACAUUUGUGUAUGUUUUUUUGUUUUGUUUUAUUGUAUGUUUUAGCCGUGAUUCCCAUCCACUUACAUUGUUGCAUAGACCGCAACGGUUUGAGUAAAAAAUACUUGGUUUGUGUUCUACUGUAGAAACAAGGUCACCAUCUUGGAUGCCCUGGGGGUAAGCAGAUAAACAUAACAUUUUCAUUUUUGGGUGAACUAUCCCUUUAACAAGAUACUAAAAAGGUAACAUUUUAAUAUAGAAAACUAUUAUUUUUACAUCAUCCAUCACAAAUUUACAUGAAUAUGUGGAAGCUUUUCUAAGGACAAUCGCACCAUGGUGUGCACGGUGAAAGACUUCUGAGAAAAAGAAAGCUAGAAAUGUUAUGAAAAUAGUUCUAAUAAUGGACUGUUUUGUAAAAUCAUCAGUUCUUUUGCACUUAAUUUGGUUAAUUAUACCUUGAAAUAUACAACCUGUAUGUACUGUUAAAUAACAAGGCAAGCGGACAAAAUCAAUCCCAUUUUAGUUUUUAGUUUAAUGUAAUGUAGUGGGAUGUGUAAUGUGGUGUGUGUGUAUGUGUGUAUGAGUGACUCUUCAUGCUGUUUGAAUCUCAAAUAGUCAGAAAGCAUUACAACAACGGUUACAAAAACUAAUUUGUUUACUUUUCUUCAUAGACCCAAAUUGGGUUGUGUACUUUAGUCACAAUUCAGGUGUCACCAUGUACAGUAUGUUAACCAACAAACAGAGACAAUUUUUGUGACUGCAAAAGAAAUGAGGACCUCAAUCUCAAUGUAUUCUGUGAAUACCUUUAAAAUCAAGAAUACUGUUCAUUUGAAGAAUAACUGAUCCACUUUUAAAGUGAAACUUCAGUCUGAGGUCUUCUUGGAGUUCAAAACUCAUAGAAAUUAGCUAGAUUUGUGAAGCCUACACUGUGCCACUGAAGGGAAGGUGACAAGCUGUGAAAAGAUACAUUUUUGGUCAUCCGUCUCUAAUAAGCGCUCUUUCACCAUGGUCGUAAUUCAGUUUCUUCAUCCUCUGUACAGCAUGCAAUAAAACACUAGAACAUGUCACAUCUCCACUUAAAAUGUAUUUCCACCUUGACUUGAAUUUGUUGAGUAUGUGCUUUGUUCAGUAAAUGUACAAAAUGUAUAAGAUUUGUUGAAAUUUGGAGUUAUACGUCACUGUAUACACAGUUUGAGCUUUUUCCCUUAAGUGGAGGAACUGGACAAUCUAAUCUAACGAGGCACUAUUCGUGUACAGCUGAAUUUUGAAAGAACAGACUGAGGCAUAAGAGGGUGUAUGGGGCCAUUUUGUUUAAAUGAUGAGAGAAUUAUAUUUAGGGAUUCAUGUAAUGUGAGUACUGAUAUAUCUCAACCUCUGGGAUGUAGAUAAAAAUGACUGCAAAAAGGCAGCAGUGGUUCAUUGCUCAUCUGUAUAUACAUGGAUGAUUAACAUAAUAUUUCAGCCUUUUUUCUGAAUUGUUUUUGAUUGGUCAUGUACUGUCGUCAUGUCCAAGAGGUUUAAGAAAUGAAUUCUUUUUGUUUUAUACCGGUAGAGAAUACUUCCAGAAUAUUCUUAGACACAGAACUAACAAAUAUUUUCUCAUAAAAUAGGAGCUGCAAUUGUGCCAUGUCUUUUUUCCUCCUUUAAUACAACCCUGUCUGAUGGUUGUCCCAAUUAGCUGUGCUUUACAACUACAGAAUUUUGGAUGUAAAGAUGUUUGUUUGUUUUUGUUUUUUUUUGUCCAUGUUAUAGAAAUAACCUAUAAAAUCUUCUUUUAGAUUGCAACAUUUAAUAGAAAAAAAGUAUUUUUAAUUAUGGGAUAUUUUAUCCAGAGAAUUAUUUUGUUAAUAAAUUUGGAAAAUAAUAACAAUAAAGCUUUAUUUAAAUAAAAUAAUUAAAAAAAAAAUCAUAUCAGGGGUGUAUCAGCCAAUGAUGAAGAUACCGAACUUGUAAACAUUUCUAAUUAGCUGUAAACUUGCAUUCUGAGCAUAUAAGUUAUUCCAUAUGUUACACACCUGUAGUUAAAUGUUUUGGUGCUUUGAAUUCUAUACCCAGGCCAUAUUCUCUCAUUGUUGCCAUUGGGGGUGGGGGGUGGGGGGAUCAUUGACAUCAUCAGUUUUCCUUUCAUACUAUUCUCUCUGUGUUUGCGAUGCAAUUGCAGUCAUGAAAACAACACUCGUGACAAAAUUCUCAGAUAUGUAGCAGUGAUUGUGUCUUUUGUUUUUAUUUCUAUUUUCACAACACAACAGUAGCAACAUUAGAAGAAUCAACCUAGUUUCCUGCAGGGAAGCUAACCAGUCAGUUUAGGCCUUAUUUUCAAAAUAUAAAAAAAAAUGAAGGGAAAUCACAGUUAUCUGAAUAAUAGCUAUUUUACCUCAAAUGCUUUGGAUUGUUUUAAACUGGCACAUAGUUCUAUACAAAAAUGAUCAUCUAUAAAAAAAAGAACAAAUAUGUGACAGGAAACAAAAAUACUAUACAGAGUUAUUAUGUGGGUUUCUUUUUUGUGACCGAAAUAUCAUAAUCUGUCUUAUAUUUCUGUUUUUAAAUUUUCUUGUUGAAAUUCUCUGCAUUAAUGGAGAAGCACAGUCUUUUUUGCCAAAGGGGUUGAAAUGUGUACUGAUGUAAAAAGAAUUACAAAUUACAAUAAAACAAAUAAUUGAUCAGAAAGUGAAAAUGUCUAGAGAUAAGAUGCAUCUCAUUCAGUUACAAUAAACAGGAAACAAAUCUCACUCUGCAUACAAACUUCACUUCAAGAGAUUUGAAUCCAUUUUGUAUUUUUGUAAAAACAUGUACAUAUAAUCUUUUUAAAGUAAAAAAAGAGAAAAAGACACUAUUUCAUUUUUUAAAAUGUUUUAAAAGUUUACAUUAAUUCCAAGCCUUUGUAUAUUUUUGAGCUGUGCGACUCUCUCAGUCCUGUAUUUAUUUUUUAAGUAAACAUUGUGGGAAUUCCAUUGUAAAUUUGAACCAUUUCUUGCCAGCUCAAGUGACUGCUUAGUAACUGUGUAUAGAGAAAGCCAAUAAAUGUGACUGCAUUGAAAAAUAA